AUGCAACCUCAUUUGGGAUGGACCUGCGCCGUCCUCACUGCCGUGGGGAUGUUUGCUAUUUUAGUUCAGGUUGACCAGAGACUUGCGGCAGGGGCUGUUUUCCUCGUUUCAUUCUCCUCAUCUCUGGCCGCGCAGAAGAUUUGGCCAUUCUUCUUAGCCGCUGUCGCAACGUGGUUGACGUCGCUAAAUGGAAGAAAUCGUGUAUGCAGCCCCAACCAGGAGCUCCUGGACUUCCAAUACUCGGGCUACUCAUCCUAUCACAAACGCUGCGAACUCCAUGGAGCCCUGGACUCCAUUCAGCAUCAUCGUAGUUUUUAUGCUUGCCAUCCUCAUGGAGUACUCUCAAUCGGUUUCAUCUCCAACGUUUGUUGGGGUCGCAAGUUCCACGAGGUCGUCGGACGCUGUUUCUUCCUCAUCGAUCCCACGCUGAGGGACAAGGGCUUGUUGGCCAAGCUCUUUCUUGACGCCUUUGAGGGGCAGCACGGUGGCUUCAGGAACACCCGGACAAACACCAUGCAAGAGCUAAUGCAGAAGGGCGAAUCUAUGGCGAUGAUACCCGGGGCCUACCAGGAGGCCACGGCAUUCUCCUACGGCCGGGAGCGUGUGGCGCUCUCCAAAAGGAAAGGCUUUGUGAAGUACUGCUUGAAGUAUGGCUACAGAUUGCAUCCUGUGUAUACGUUUGGGGAAAGCGAGACGUAUUACACCAUGGGUGGCUUUGAGCAGCUCCGGUUUUGGCUCAAUCGAAAAGGCAUCCCGACGGUCGCGUUUUGGGGACUGCCGUGGUGUCCUUUGCUACCGAGAAGCAACGUCGAGAUGUUGACUUUUGUGGGUCCAGCGCUGGAGUUGCCACAGAUUUCCGAUCCAACGCCAGAAGAGGUUGACAAAUGGCAUGCCAAGUAUACAGAUGCUCUUGUGACACUUUUCAAUAAGCACAAAGCAGAGGCUGGAAAGCCAACAGCUGUUCUUGAAAUCCUCUGA